AUGGAUCGCAUCGAGCCCGCGGAGGACUCGAAUGACCGGAGGGCUACGCCGGAGCAGCAGCAGUCUACAGAAGCCUCAUCAUCGAGGCCACCACUGGCGACUUUGCGCCCGCGAGCCCCCUCAAAUCGUACGCGCCGGCCUAGCAUCCGCCUGUCGCGCCUACCCUCCUCCUCUUCAUUGCACACCGUCAACGAGCAGCAACAGCAACAGAGCCCGCCUGAGAACCAACCUGGUCCCCAACCUGGUCCCUUCCUUUCCCGCCAAAUAUCCGUCAGAUCCCCGGUAGAGGAGGAAGAUGAAACAUGGCAGAAUGGUCGACGACGCAGCAACUCCGAGCCCCGACCAGGGCGAUGGUCUUUUCCUGCUCCGGAUGUGCUCUCUCGAGUGGCAAAACCCAUGAUGUCUUUGACUGAAGAGUCAUCUCACCAGAGCCCGUUCCCGGCCUCUCCAAAUGGCCUCACUACGGAGCGAACAGCGGACGAAUAUCUUCAACCGCCUGCGCCGGCACUCGCGCGCCCAACAUCUCGGAAUGUGCUGCGCCGGACGAGCCAAGCGGCUCUAAAUCGCUUCUCCCGCAACCGGGCAUCGACGGUAUCAGGGGUCCCACCAACACUCGAGGCGUCAAAGGAGCAUCCAGCGGCGAAUGAAUAUGGGUCUCAUCUGGUCGACGUACUGGAUGUCAUUGACCCGGAGGUCUCGGCUUUGUCGACCCUCACGAAUGUGCAGAACUCGUUGUUCAUUCCCAAUCUGGGCAACUUCGUGAACCGCAUGCCCACCUACCAACUCUCGCGUCCGCGUCCGUCGGACCAAGAACAGGGAACCAGCACAGAUGAAGGAGAGGUUUCAGAGGAGUCGAAAAUGAAGGAGCGGCCGAGAUUGGAACAACUCCGCCCCUUUUCAAGCAUGUCAUCUGUGCUUGCGGGCCCUCGGUAUGCCGUUUUACCCGAAGGUCAUGAGCUGGAGGGAUGGACCAACGAGGACUUCGCCGAACUGAACGAUUACGUUCGGCAUAUGCUUCACUCGCGCCGGUCCAAGUUCAAGCGGUCGAUGAGGGGGUUUGGACAGUAUAUCCGGAAGCCGCUCGGAUUUCUUGUUACUCUCUACGCAACCCUUAUUACUCUGUUUGGUCUCGCCUGGGUGCUCUUCUUGAUUGGUUGGAUCAAUGUGGGCGGAAAGCAGCUCUACGUCGUCAAUGUUAUUGAUAACGUUCUUGUGGCGUUGUUCGCGAUUAUGGGUGACGGUCUCGCUCCCUUCCGAGCUGUGGACACUUAUCACAUGAUCUUCAUUGCCCAUUAUACCAUGUUGACGUGGAAGAUUCGUCGUAAGCGACGACUCCCCGAUCUCAAGGACAAGAACGAUCUACCCGCUCAGCGGGAGAAAGAUGUGGAUGUCGAAUUCGGCGAUACCCCCAAGGAAGAUGAGCAUGAGUUCUCGGUGCUUAGCCCUCGCCAGCAGCUGCGUUUGAUACACCACCAGACCAAGUUCGCCAAGUCACACACCUUCUACAAACCGCACGAGACUAUGACCCACCACGCCUUCCCUCUGCGCAUUCUCAUCGCCGUUGUUGUCCUGCUCGACUGUCACUCCCUCCUCCAGAUCGCCCUAGGUGCUUGUACCUGGAGUAUGGAAGACCCUGGACAGCGGCCUUUUGCCCUGACCACCGUUAUUCUGUGCUGCUCCAUCACUUGCAACAUCACUGGCGGUGUGCUGAUCAUGAUCGGCGAUCGACGUGCGCGCAAGAAGGAGAUAGUGGAGCGCCUUUUCCGCCAGCAGCUGACAGAAGAAGCCAUGAAGAAGAUAGAGAAGAAGAAGGUCGAAGAGCGCAAGAGUAUGCAGCUCGAACGCCCUGAACCGUAUGAUGGCACUUGA